GUCAAAUUGUUCAGCUCUGAAAAAGCCUUUUAGGUUUUGACUAGCAUGACAUUACAAUUUUGUGCAGUUUGUAGUCGGCAUUGUGUUAUUUGAAGUAACGAAAACUAAAAAUAUAUCUAUAUUUUACAGUUUAUUUAGAAAACCACAACUAUCUAGUUAUAAACGAAAAGAAACGACAGCUAUGGAUAACGUUCUUGCUCUGUACAAGCAGCUGAAAACAGAAUGGUUGAAAAGUCCUAUCAACCUAAAGUUGUGCGGAUCACUUCUUGAUAAGCUGAAGAUCGCUCUUACUCAAUUGUCCUAUUUGCCUAGUAAUAGCUCAGCCCCUCAGCAAGAGUUGUUAAUCGCGCGAGAUGUCCUCGAAAUCGGUGUGGAAUACAGUGUGGCCACUAAAAAUAUUCUUUCAUUUGAAAGAUAUAUUUCACAGCUUAAGUGCUAUUACUACGAUUAUAAGAACGAAAUCGGUGAAUCUAAAAAUAAAUAUCAACUGCUUGGACUGAACCUACUGUUCCUUCUAUCACAGAAUCGCGUGGCUGAGUUCCACACCGAAUUGGAGUUGCUUCCGGCGGACAUCAUCCAAGCCAACGAAUACAUCAGGCAUCCGCUGGCUUUGGAGCAGUACUUCAUGGAAGGAAGGUACAAUAAAAUUUUCCUCGCCAAAGGAAACGCUCCGGCGGAAAGCUAUAACUUCUUCAUCGACAUUCUGCUGCAAACAGUUCGUGAUGAAAUCGGUGCAUGUCUGGAGAGUUCGUACGAGAAAAUUUCGCUCCAGGAGGCAGCCAAACGGUUGAAUCUCAAAACUAAAGACGAAGUCAAGCAGUUUGGUGAGAAACGGGGAUGGAAGUUAAACUCAGAUGGAUUCUAUCAUUUUGUUAGUGAGCUUGUUAAGCCGAAAGAGCCAAUUCCUUCCAGGGAGUUAGCAGAGCAGGCCAUCUUUUAUGCACGUGAGCUUGAGAUGAUUGUCUAAGGUAUUCUUUUCUCAUGCAAAAAAAUCAGUGCUUUGAAGUGAUUUUCAUAUUCAAAUCAAUAGUUAUCGGAAACAAAUAAAACGCAAUUAAUACUUCGA